UGCUUCUGCAACCCGUAUUUAAAUGUGCUUAUUAGAUUGAAUUUAAGCCCUCGUAAUUCAAAUAUCGUCUACUACUGUCUACCUUGCUAGGUGUAAAACAGCGCUGUGAGCGACUCAUAAAUAUUAUGAUUGUUUAUAUUGAUUGGACAUAAAUAAUGGGACCACCUAAGAAAUUUAAGAAGUAUGACUCAAAGGCCGGAGCUGAUAGAUCAGGAAAGAAAAAGAAAGUUGAGGAGGAUAACAUAACAAUAGACCUCGUAGAAGAUGACAACAAUGAGAACACUGGAGUACCUGUUGCUGCCAUGCAAGAUGCUGAGAAGAAUGACCAAGUACCUGAGGAUGAAUUUGGGGCCAAAGAUUAUAGGAAUCAAAUGGAGCUAAAACCGGACAAUGCAAGCCGACCACUAUGGGUUGCGCCAAAUGGACACAUAUUUUUAGAGGCAUUCUCUCCAGUAUACAAACAUGCACACGACUUUUUGAUUGCAAUAGCGGAACCUGUCUGCAGACCACAACACAUCCAUGAAUAUAAGCUGACGGCCUACAGCUUAUACGCUGCCGUCUCCGUGGGGCUGCAGACCAAUGAUAUCAUAGAGUAUCUCCAGCGACUCAGCAAGUGUGCAGUUCCAGCUGGUAUCAUUGAGUUUAUCAAGCUUUGUACCCUGUCCUAUGGGAAGGUGAAGCUGGUACUCAAGCAGAAUAGGUAUCUAGUUGAAAGCAAGCACGUUGAAGUUCUACAGAAGUUGCUCCGAGACCCAGUGGUUCAGCAAUGUCGGUUAAGACGAGAUGGUGACGACGAACUCCUAACGUCAGCACUACCAAACAAACCCGCUACAGCGACUACUAAAAUUGGUGAAGAUAAGCCAGCUACGAACGUGGCCGUACCAGAGGACAUCAGCCAGUUCUACCAGCAGCUCGACAAGGAUGACGAAGACGAGGAGAUGACUGACAUUUCUGCUAACUCGGCUGUGGCUUUUGAGGUCGAUCCUGAUAAAAUUGAGGUUAUACAAAAACGCUGUAUAGAGUUGGAGUAUCCAUUGUUGGCCGAAUAUGACUUCCGAAACGACGUUGUGAAUCCCGACAUCAACAUAGACCUGAAGCCCACGGCUGUGCUGAGACCUUACCAAGAGAAAAGCCUGAGGAAGAUGUUUGGAAACGGUCGAGCCAGGUCUGGAGUGAUAGUUCUGCCUUGUGGGGCUGGUAAGUCGCUAGUGGGUGUGACGGCGGUUUGCACCGUGCGUAAGCGAGCGUUGGUGCUCUGCAACUCGGGCGUGUCCGUGGAGCAAUGGAAGCAGCAGUUCAAGUGCUGGUCCACUGCCGAUGACAGCACCAUUUGCAGGUUCACGUCGGAGGCUAAAGACAAGCCGAUGGGCGCCGGUAUCCUGGUGACGACGUACUCGAUGAUCACGCACGGGCAGCGGCGCUCGUGGGAGGCCGAGCAGACCAUGAAGUGGCUGCAGGCGCAGGAGUGGGGCCUCGUGGUGCUGGAUGAGGUGCACACCAUCCCCGCCAAGAUGUUCCGGCGGGUGCUCACCAUCGUGCACUCGCAUGCCAAGCUCGGUCUGACGGCCACUCUGCUGCGCGAGGACGACAAGAUCGCGGACCUGAACUUCCUCAUCGGGCCCAAGUUGUACGAGGCCAACUGGCUGGAGCUGCAGGCGGCGGGCUACAUCGCGCGGGUGCAGUGCGCCGAGGUGUGGUGCCCCAUGACGCCGGAGUUCUACCGGGAGUACCUGGUGCAGAAAAUCAACAAAAAGAUGUUGCUAUACGUGAUGAACCCGUCCAAGUUCCGCGCGUGUCAGUUCCUGGUGCGCUACCACGAGCGGCGCGGCGACAAGACCAUCGUGUUCUCCGACAAUGUGUUCGCCCUUCGCCACUACGCCGUCAAAAUGAACAAGCCCUACAUCUACGGGCCCACAUCGCAAAGUGAGAGGAUCCAGAUCCUGCAGAACUUCAAGUUCAACCCCAAAGUGAACACGAUCUUCGUGAGCAAGGUCGCCGACACCAGCUUCGAUCUGCCCGAGGCCAAUGUGCUCAUACAGAUCUCAUCCCAUGGUGGUUCCAGGAGGCAGGAGGCGCAGCGAUUGGGUCGUAUAUUGCGAGCGAAGAAGGGAGCCAUUGCCGAGGAAUAUAACGCGUUCUUUUACACGCUGGUGUCGCAAGACACUCUGGAGAUGGCGUACAGCAGGAAACGACAGCGGUUCUUGGUGAAUCAGGGUUACAGCUAUAAGGUGAUAACGGAAUUAAAAGGAAUGGAGCAAGAACCGGACUUGAUGUACGGGACUCGGGAAGAACAGGGGAUGUUGUUGCAACAAGUGCUAGCGGCAUCCGAAACGGACUGCGAGGAGGAGCGAGAGGGCAUGCCUGGAGGCGUGGCAGGAGGCUCGGGAGUGGCGCGACGCGGAGGGACUCUGUCCUCGCUGGCGGGGGCUGAUGACGCCCUCUACCUGGAGCACCGCCGCGGACAACACAACAAGCAUCCACUCUUCAAGAAGUUCCGCUACUGAGCGCGCUCGCUACCAGUACGAGCAAACGGCCCAAUCAGAAAUAAAACGAAGUCUGAAGGGGGCGUUCCGGAAUGGGCGAUAGUGGAGCUACAGGGUCUCAUACAGACGAAAAAAGACAAUUUAUCCGGACCUACUACGGUCGGUGAUCUUCACUACUUCACCAGAAACCGACAUCCAGUCCUCAUAUUAGG